CCGCCACAAACUUACGUAUACUUCUUAGCUUCGCAUUUAUCUCUCGAUUUCCAGGCUGUGUUGGCUGUCAGCUCUGCUUGCAAUUGUCCCACUUGCAGUCGUCUAACUGGCGCUGUCGAUUCAUCCACUCUCCUUCCAGUCGCCGAACCCGAAGUUUCGCCAUCAUCCGAAGAAUCCUUAGAGGCGGGAUCAGAGUUGGGCACAUUACCUCUGGCUGUACGUCGAUGUUCAGCUCGCGGCCGGCUAGUCUGUGGUUCUUGUCAAUGCCAACGGGGUCAUACUGGUGACUUCUGCGAGUGCGAUGCCGCCAGGUGGCCGGAGCACCGGUUGGCCGAUAUGCUGGCCGAGUGCACCCAGCCGGGCGCCAAACAGCCCUGCUCCGGUCGUGGGCGUUGCACUUGCGGCCGUUGUAAAUGUCAGCAGUCUCGAUUUGACGGCCGCUUUUGUGAAUGCGACCGCCAGGGAUGUAAACGUGCUUCGGAUGAUAAUCAGGUCUGCGGAGGACCUCAGCGCGGAGUGUGCAGGUGCGAUGGCAUUUGUGAAUGCAAACCUGGCUACACCGGAGACCGAUGUGAUUGUAUGCAGAGCGAGCGUAACUGUAUAGAUCCUACCGGUCCUGUUGUUGAAUUAAUGGAUUAUUUAUAG